GUUUUGACAUCUCAUGUGCUGCAAACAACUUCAGAGUUCAGUUCAGCUUCUAAAAGGACAAACCACAGGAUACUUUCAUUUGCCUGAGAAUUUCCAGGAUGUCCUCCAACACGACAGAGCCUACUGACUAUGACUAUGAAUAUGACUAUCAUUGGCAGAUAGAGGAAACCAGAGCAAAUGCUGCAUCUUUUAAUGGCAUCAGGAUGCUAUACGUUAUCUCGUACUUUAUUAUUUGCGCCCUGGGUGUGAUCCUCAACUCUUACGUGAUCGUCGUCGGUUUGAAGAGUAUGCGUAAGAAGACUGCCACCUGUGUGUGGAUCCUGGCAUUGGCCAUGACCCACUUGGUCUGCUCUUCAUUCCUGAUGCUGCAGCUUUUGUAUGCAUGGCAUCACUUCAACUGGAAUUAUGGAGCAGCUCUUUGCAAGCUCUCAUCCUACAUUACCUAUGCCAGCAUGUUCUCCACAGGUGCUCUGCUCAGCCUGUGGAGCAUCAGCAGAAGAUUCCCAGGUGGCAAGCAUGGCCUAUCCACAGUCCUGAUAAUGGUUCUAUGCUCCUGGACAUUCGGAGCAGUUGUCAGCAGCCCAUCUCUGCUCUACCGAGAGCUUCACUACACAGAGAUGGGAGUGCAGUGCAUUGAUGACUACAAUUCAAACAAAGAGAGCACAACACCCGAUGGAAUGAGAAAAUUGACCACUGUUCUUCUGAGCAGGCUCCUGCUGGGCAUAUUGAUUCCUGUGCUUGUGAUGGGAGCAAGUGCAUGUCUGAUACGACCACCCGAUCACAAUCUGAAGAGUUGCAAGCGAAUCAUCUGUGCUAUAAAGGUGAGCUACUUCAUCUGCUGGACGCCCUUGCUUGUUUUGUGUCUCGUUCAGGUCACUGAAGUAAGCCCUUUCAAAUAUGCAUUACCAGCAACCACUGUGCUGGCCGCAGCUCAUUGUUUCAUCAACCCUGUGAUCUAUCUGUUGGUGGGAUGCCAAAUUAACAUGGACUGGAUGACAAAGGAACCAAGUAACUCUAACCAUGAAAGUCAAUCUGGUGAGUGCAUGCAUUAAAUUACAGGCAAUAAUGGUGUACAUCUGGAAGACCAUCAGCAGCUCACGUGUCAGCUUAAUAAAUCUCUGCCAAAAGGAAAUGGGAAGGCAAGGAUGUUCCAACAUUCCAAGGGAUUCCCAAGGGUUACUUUCCUUUCUCAACAAGUUCAAGGCCAGAGGAACAUUUUGAUUGCCAUGCAUGAGCACCAAACCUUGGGCAUUUUCUAUAUGAAAUGUUGCACAUAGUCACAAUAAGCAAAGCCAAAGGCCCACCAUACCAAUAAUGCGUGAAAAGAGAUUUGUUAGCACUGGAAAGCAAUUAGGGGACUAGCGCAACUUAUGUUCCCUACUUGAAUAGACACAACGUAAAACAAAGGAAAAGAACCUGUUGUUAGAAAGAUUAUAUAGAAGAAUAUGUAUCAUUAUCACAAUCACUCUUGGCAAACAAAACUCUAGCCCAAGACUGGACUCUCUGAAACAUUUACAGGAAACUUCACAAGUCAGUAUUUCUGCAGGAAUGGCUAGAUCUAGUUUUUGGAUGAAAUGCAAAUGUCAACGACCACCCUUUGAAUUCUUUCCACUCAGAAUAGUGAGUAAGUGCAAAUUAUUGCUUUUUUAGGUCCAGGAACGAAAUAGGAAACACAUAUUUGACACAACUUUUUAAGGUGUGGGAAUAAGAUGAUAAAAGGCUGACCACAACUUAGUAAAGAUUCUUAUACGUGGCCUUUCUAAGACAUGGUAAUGAAUUAUAUUAGGAUAUUGUUUCCAUGCUUUAAUACUACAAUUACAAUUUAAUGCCAUGCGUCAUUUUUAUUUAUGUAUUUUACAGUGAAUAGUGUGAAAAAUAGAAUUUGUGAUUUCAAGGCCCAAUCCCAUUUCACACCUCGCCCCUACCACUCAACCUUUAGCCCUCCUUUUUGUGUGUUCAUGUCUAGUGUCGUGUACCAAUUUUUGUUGAGAUAGAGGGGUAGGGUGA